AUGUAUUCACUUGUUUGUCGACCAGUCAGUAUUAUGACAAGGAGAACAAUCAUCAGUACGAAUUAUAGACUAAUGUCCAAUGUUUACUACACCAAGAAACAUGAAUGGAUCCAGGUUGAUGGUAAUCUUGGCGUUGUUGGCAUUACCAAAUAUGCUGAACAGAAAUUAGGUGAUAUAGUAUACGUUGAACUGCCUGUAGUUGGAGAUAAAAUCAAUGCCAAUGAUCAGUGUGCAGUCGUUGAAUCAGUUAAAGCUGUUGGUGAAGUCUACUCUCCUGCAUCAGGUACUGUUGUCGAAGUGAAUACAACUGUUGAAAAGAACACUAAGAUUAUCAAUAAAUCCCCGAUGGAUGAUGGUUGGCUUUUCAAACUCCAACUGUCCGAUGUAUCUCAGCUGAAGAAUCUCCUAUCCGAAGAAAAAUAUAACAAAUUUUUAACUUCAGAGUCGUGA